AUGUCAGGCACACAGACCGCAACCGUAGCAGCGGGCUGCUUCUGGGGCGUUGAGCAUAUGUUCCGCAAGAACUUUGGGAACGGCAAAGGUCUCCUUGAUGCUGAGGUAGGCUACUGCGGUGGCGCAAGUUCGUCGCCAUCAUAUCGAGCGGUAUGCUCCGGCACAACAGGGCACGCCGAAGCUCUCCAGAUGACUUUUGACCCGUCCAUUGUGACUUUCCGCCAACUCCUCGAAUUCUUCUAUCGCAUGCACGACCCCACAACAGAGAACCGACAGGGUCCGGAUGUUGGCACCCAAUACCGCAGUGCAAUCUUCACACAUGGCGAGGAGCAGCAAAGGAUAGCAGAGGAAAUUUCAGAAAAAGUCAGCAAAGAGUGGUAUAAGAAGUCUGUUGCUACCAAGGUUGUACCAGCGGGCCAAUGGUACACCGCCGAGGAAUAUCACCAGCUCUAUCUUCAAAAUAACCCUGCUGGUUAUGAGUGUCCUGCUCACUUCAUUCGACCAUUCCCUCCGCUGUCGGAAUGA